ACUCCCAUCCGCGGGAUGACGCAAGACGCUCGUGGCGUUGCCAAGGCUUCAGGAGACGCGCUCCGGUGGGACGGGCGUGCGUGCGCUUCCGGGGCGGAGCGCGGCCGCCGGAAGUGUGUGGCCGGUGGGGCCAUGGCGGCGCUCGGCGUUGUCUUGCUCCUGCUGCUGGGAGCGGUGUCCUGGCCGCCGGCCUCGGCCUCGGGCGAGGAGUUCUGGCCCGGCCAGUCGGCGGCCGACAUCCUGUCGGGGGCGGCGUCCCGCAGACGGUAUCUUCUGUAUGACGUCAACCCCCCAGAGGGCUUCAAUCUCCGCAGGGACGUCUACAUCCGCGUUGCCUCCCUGCUGAAGACGCUGCUGAAGACCGAGGAGUGGGUGCUGGUGCUGCCCCCCUGGGGCCGCCUCUAUCACUGGCAGAGCCCGGACAUUCACCAGGUCCGGAUUCCGUGGUCCGACUUUUUUGAUCUUCCGAGUCUGAACAGAAACAUCCCCGUGGUUGAGUACGAGCAGUUCAUCGCAGAGUCCGGCGGGCCCUUCAUUGACCAGGUGUUCGUCCUGCAAAGCUACGCGGAGGGGUGGAAGGAGGGGACUUGGGAGGAGAAGAUUGACGAGCGGCCCUGCAUUGACCCGCUGCUCUACGCACAAGACAAGCACGAGUACUACAGAGGAUGGUUUUGGGGUUACGAAGAGACAAGAGCUUUAAACGUCUCCUGUUUGUCCGUUCAAGGCUCGGCUUCAAUCAUGGCGCCUGUGCUUUUGAGAAACACGUCAGCGAGGUCGGUGAUGCUGGACAGAGCCGAGAACCUUCUGCACGACCACUACGGCGGGAAGGAGUACUGGGACACCCGGCGGAGCAUGGUGUUCGCCAAGCACCUGCGGGCCGUGGGGGACGAGUUCCGGAGCAAGUACCUGAACUCCACGGACGAAGCCGACAGGAUCCCCUUCGAGGAGGACUGGACCAAGAUGAAGGUCAAGCUGGGGUCCUCGCUGGGGGGUCCGUACCUCGCGGUUCACCUGAGGAGGAAAGAUUUCAUCUGGGGCCACAGAGAGGACGUGCCCAGUCUGGACGGGGCCGUGAGGAAGAUCCGCGGCCUCAUGAAGACCCACCAGCUGGACAAGGUGUUCGUGGCCACAGACGCCGUCAGGAAGGAACACGAGGAGCUGAGGCGGCUGUUGCCCGAGAUGGUGAGGUUCGAGCCCACGUGGGAGGAGCUGGAGCUGUACCGCGACGGUGGCGUGGCCAUCAUCGACCAGUGGAUCUGCUCGCACGCCAGGUUCUUCAUCGGGACCUCGGUCUCCACGUUUUCUUUCCGGAUCCACGAGGAGAGAGAGAUCCUAGGGCUCGACCCCCGGACGACGUACAACCGGUUCUGUGGGGACCUGGAGGAGGCGUGCGAGCAGCCCACGCACUGGAAGGUCGCCUACUGAGCCGGCACCCCGUGGACCCCACCUCCUGGACUCGCCUUACACGCGAACUCUCGGGCUCUCUCUGACCACGCGAGUUCCCUCGGGUGGCUCCUGCCCCUGUCCGACCGGCCAGGCUACCAGAUGAGCCCUCUUCAGGGUCACGGACGCAGCCCACAGCCACGUGAGCCACGGCGUGUGUUUGCGCUCGGUGUUUCUUCUCGCCGUCGGCCGCCUGUGGCCGGGGGCUUUGGUCGGGCGAGAAACCGGGUCUCCGCCUGCCAGCAAGGCCCUCGUGACGGGAGAAGGUGCCGGGCCUCGUUUCCUGGAUCUGGAGGGACGUCCGGCAGCGAGUGGUACAGAUGUGGCGUGCGGGCAGCUCCCGUCCCGGGGGCCGGGGUGGCCGUGCCUUUGGACCUGGCGUGGCGUCGGCCUGCUGGUCCUGUUUUUUCCGCCCUCUCGCCCACCUGAAGCCACCCACGGGUUGGCGGGAAGUGAACCGCGGCCUUGCGGACCAGGUCUGAGGCCUGUUGUCCCCUGCUCAGAGUGCUGGAAGGUUCCUUGGAAGUCUCCAGCGGUUUGUCGGGUUCUCGCAGAGAGGAGCCCUGGCCGCCUGUGAGCGUGUGAGGGCGGACGCCCCUGGCACAGCCUCGUGGUGGGCGCGGUGGGCCCAGGGACGAGGGGCACCAUCGCUGUGGCCUCAGAAGGGCCUUGGGGUCAUGCCGCACAGAAACCCUUUCUAGGCCGUCAGCGUGGCCACCACCGUAUCCCCUCUGGCCGGGAGCCCCGGGUGACCCACCCAGGCCGUGGUCCAAAGCCCCGGGGCUUCUGGGGCUUCUUCCCGAGCUCCGAAAACCCACCUGAACGCUCGGCAGGGUCCUGCGGUGUCACGGCGGCGUGGGGUCAGGCGAUGAAGUAUUUAUUCUUUUCCCAUUUGUACAUUCAAAUGCCAUUCAUAAAAUAUGUUUUCUAGAAAGGUG